AUGACCUCUACAUCAACAUCUACAUCUACGCCUCCUUCGACAACGACAAUACCCAAAUCCACGCGUCCAACGCACGACAGCAACGGCCAACUCCUCCCCGCAAUUCUCUGCCUACACGGCGGCGGCUCGAACGCGACGGUAUUCAAGAUCCAAGCGCGCCGCCUGAUCUGGAACCUGGAGAAACAAUUCCGCUUCGUGUUCGCCGAGGCCGAGAUCGAAGGCACCCCGGGCUUCGGCAUGCUGCCGGUCUUUGCGUCGUGCGCCCCCUUCUACCGCUGGGUCAGCCGGCGGUUCGUGGCGGGUGAGAGCGACGUGGAGCCGACGCCCACAGAAGAAAUCGCCGCCGUGGACGAGUCGUUGCGCAAACUCAUGGACGCCAAUGGCGGCGUCGACUCGUUCCGGGGUGUCCUGGGGUUCAGCCAGGGCGCGCGGCUGGCAGCUGGGUUGUUGCUGAGACAGAAGAUUGAAGAACGAGACCGGCAGGGCGAUAGUCCGUGGAAGUUCGCCUUCGGCGUCAUGUUGGGCGGUCCGUAUCCGCCCAUUGCGUUGUCCGAACACGUCGAUCCAGCAGACUAUGCGCUGCUUAAGAGUGUGCCGUCCGUGCAUGGCUGGGGCAGGGACGACCAUGUCAAGCAAGGGUGUGAGAAGCUGGUGGCGGUGUUUGAGAGCGAUCAUUGUUUCCAGAUGGAGUAUGAUGGCGGCCAUCACUUGCCGUUGAAGGAUGUCGAGGCUAAGGAUCUUUGUGAUUUGAUUAUGGCUGCUUGGUAUGCUGGCGGUGGGAAGUUUGGCGUUGCUGCUGAUGAGAGAUAUUAG